GCGGCUGGAGCCCGGAUGCCGAGCCGGGAGACAGGCCCGGGAGAGCAGCGCGGAUGGAUCCAACAUGGCGGCGCCGAACCUGAGCCGAGAGAAGAGCCCUGGGAAGUUAAAUUUCUUGCAAAGGUAGUCUUAGUAGCUGGCCUCAAACUCAUUGAGAUAUGUUUGCCUCUGCUUUUGCAUUGUUGGGAUAAAAGAUCACUGGAGAUUGCAGCUGCUGAGCAGAGAUUCUGGAAAGCACUCCAUUUCUGAGCCUCUAGCAUGGCGAGCCUAAAGAGGCGGGCAAGCCAGGUGUGGCCGGAAGAGCGUGGUGAGCAGGAACACGGGCUCUACAGCCUGCACCGCAUGUUUGACAUCGUGGGCACCCACCUUACACACAGAGAUGUUCGAGUGCUUUCCUUCCUUUUUGUUGAUGUUAUUGAUGACCAUGAGCGUGGACUCAUCCGAAAUGGACGUGACUUCUUACUGGCACUGGAGCGUCAGGGCCGCUGUGACGAGAGUAACUUCCGCCAGGUGCUGCAGCUGCUGCGCAUCAUCACUCGCCACGACUUGCUGCCCUACGUUACUCUCAAGAAGAGACGGGCUGUGUGCCCUGACCUUGUGGACAAGUAUCUGGAGGAGACAUCAGUUCGCUAUGUGACCCCCAGAGCCCUCAGUGAUCCAGAGCCGAGGCCUCCCCAGCCCUCUAAAACAGUGCCUCCCCACUAUCCAGUGGUGUGCUGCCCCACUUCGGGUUCUCAGAUGUGUAGUAAGCGGCCAGCCCGAGGGAGAACCACACUUGGGAGCCAGCGAAAACGCCGGAAGUCAGUGACACCAGACCCGAAGGAAAAGCAGACAUGUGACAUCAGGCUGCGAGUUCGGGCGGAAUACUGCCAGCAUGAGACUGCUCUGCAGGGCAAUGUCUUCUCCAAUAAGCAGGACCCACUUGAGCGCCAGUUUGAGCGCUUUAACCAGGCCAACACUAUCCUCAAGUCCCGGGACCUGGGCUCCAUCAUCUGUGACAUCAAGUUCUCUGAGCUCACCUACCUCGACGCAUUCUGGCGAGACUACAUUAAUGGCUCAUUAUUAGAGGCACUGAAAGGCGUCUUCAUCACAGACUCUCUCAAGCAAGCUGUGGGCCAUGAAGCCAUCAAGCUGCUGGUGAACGUGGAUGAGGAGGACUAUGAGCUGGGCCGACAGAAACUCCUGAGGAACUUGAUGCUGCAAGCAUUACCCUGACCUCCCCCUUCUCACCUUUCUGGGGACUGUUUGUUCUGUUACCUCUGGAGCUGACAUACUUUUCUGGGGUGUGUUCUCUACCCUUUCCAACCAAUCACACCGCCUUUUUGUUUUUUUGGGUUUUUUUUGUUUUUGUUUUUGUUUUUUAAGGAAAAGACAAAGGAAGGUGGAAGUGGUGUCCCUGCCCUCCCUGCACCCAUGUGCCUGGGCUUCCCCAUUUCCUGUUGCCACUCACCCUAAUGUGUGUCUUCAUCCACCUUACCACUGAGCCGUAAGACAAGUGCAUAGGGACAGUCUCUGGAACAUAGCCUUUGUAAGGGAUUGAACACUGCUUUCAGGUGCAUUGAGGGGUAAUCAAUACGUAUGGCUUUAUGAGGGCUCUUAAAUUUUGUCUGAAAAACCAAAGGGCUGUGAGUAAAGGAGCUAUGUGGAAGGUGGGACUCUGAAGUGUAUUUUGGAAAUUAAUUACCACCUUCUUCCAAAUUAUAGAAUUUUUAAAAAACAAAUAAGCUGUGGCCCUUUGCACUGUCUCCUGGCCUUGGGUGCUGCUCCUCUGCUUUCCCUUCACUCUGCAGCUUAAGACUGCUGCCUCUUAUGGUGGAUCCCUCCAUUUCCCCUUGUCGGGUCUUCAGCAGACUUCAGAGGAUUGGGCCGGCCUAAUUACCCUCCCAACUGUGCUGUGCAGUGAACACCAAUACACGGACGGGUAGCGUAGAGGCUGCUACUUAGAGCACACUUUCUCUGAAGAGGAGGAGGGGCUGGGGUGUGACAUUUUCCUUCCCUUUUCCAGUGAAAAUAACAAAUUCUUACCCCACCCCAAGGGGUAAGAAUUUCUCCUUUGCUUCCUUCUAGCUUGAGAGAAAGUGGGGUAUUUAGUUUCGGCUCCUCCUGUUCCUCUGUCCUCCCUUCUCCCAUACUGUGGAGAACAGGGCCGGUACACGCACUGAACAUUGCACUUUCUUAGGUACAGAGGCAUGUUUAAGCCAGGAAGCUUACAAGAGAAGUCUAGUCAAUCAAGCAGGUACAAUUCCACCUCCCUGUCCAGCCCCCAAGAGAGAUGUCCAGACAUUAUGAUUAUUAUAUUUUUUUUCAAUGCCAGUGCUGCUCAGCCCUCAGCAUAACUUCAGUUUUCAUGAAAUAAACAAUGACUAUAUAAAAUUC